AUGCAGGAGCAGGACCAAGAGCAGCUUGAGUUUAGUCAGGGGGAGAAAAAAACACCAACAAGUCGACUCAGCAACACGCCAGCCAGCACCUCCCUGGCAAACCUGGUCAGAGCCAAGACGUCACAGAAACGUUAUAGUGAUGGUCUUCAGGUGGCUCGGCCACUGCCUGGUGAGGUGACUUAUUCCAGCCCAAGUGUGUGUGUGCUGCAGGGGACCUCUGUGGUCCUGACGUGCUCCUACACAGCACCCAGGAACCAGGCAGUCUGGUCCACAUUCUGGUUCAGUCCCAAACUAAGUGGGAACUGGUGGAGUGUGGAGCAGCCUGAGGACCUUCUCUUAGAGCCAGAGUUUGCAGGCCGUGUGGCGUACAGCAGGACAGGAGACAGAAGCUCCACUCUCACCAUCACUGACCUGAGACUGAGUGAUUCAGGAGUGUAUCGCUGUCUGUUCAUAUCUGAUCAAGGGACACAUUCUGACUCAACCGGAGUCAAUGUUACAGUCACAGACCUGCAGAUGAAAAUGGUGGGCUCUGAAUCAGUGGACCUUUCUUGUACUACAUUGUGUAGUUUGGAGUUUAAAAGGCCUGCAGGUGCGGAUGAGUGCUGACAACGUGAGUGAGGGACAGAAGGUGACACUGACCUGCAGCACCACCUGCACUCUGAGCAACAACCCAACUUACAUCUGGUACAAGAACGGCAACCCCGUAUCUCACACACACACAAGCAGGAGCAACAGGCUGGACCUGAUGUCAGUCAGCCGUGAGGAUGGAGGCAAUUACUCCUGUGCUGUUAAAGGACAUGAUCACCUCAACUCUUCUGCAGUCACUCUCA